AAACUUCUCAAGAUUCCAUGGAUAAUUUUGUCCAGAAGUUCAAAAAGAUACAUUUAAAGCUUGCAGCCCAAAUUGAAGAUAUUUUCAUCAAAGUUGAAAAAAAAAACAAGCCAUACUACAAGCCUGAUACUUCUAAGUUGCCACUAGCAUACAUAUUACAAAGAGAUACAAGAAUCUGUUUCAAGUGUGGCUAA